AUGAGUGAACUCCCAUCUUCGACUCCUGUGGGGUCCUUAGGACUCCAAAUAAACAAAGGCUCCCGGUGCUCAUCAGAGGACGUUCCUGCAGCUACGUCAAAGCCUCGGCACAGCCUGGGGGUUCUCCAUGCCUCCUACAGUGUCAGCCAUCGAGUUGGGCCCUGGUGGAACAUCGCAUCUUGCCGGCAGCGGUGGAAGAGGCAGAUCCUCAAAGAUGUCUCCUUGUACGUUGAGAGCGGGCAGAUCAUGUGCAUCUUGGGGAGCUCAGGCUCCGGGAAGAGCACGCUGCUGGACUUCGUGGCCGGGCGGCUGCGGCGCAGGGAACCAAAUUGGAUUUUGUUGCGACAGGCGUGCUUUCCCCAGGGUGCGGUGAGUCUGGAAGUGGCCCGAGCACCGACGCCGUCCUCAGGCUGUGACUUGGAACAGCCGCCCCGCGGUGACCAGCCUUCCUGGGCUUUAUGUCUCCCACAGGUGGAGGCGGUCAUGGCCGAGCUGAGUCUGAGCCACGUGGCAGACCAGCUGAUUGGCAACUACAGCUUUGGGGGAAUUUCCAGUGGCGAACGGCGGCGGGUCUCCAUCGCAGCACAGCUCCUCCAGGAUCCCACGGUCAUGCUGUUUGAUGAGCCGACCACGGGCCUGGACUGCAUGACUGCAAAUCAGAUCGUCGCCCUCCUCGCAGGGCUGGCUCGCAGGGACCGCAUCGUGAUCCUCACCAUCCACCAGCCCCGCUCCGAGCUCUUCCAGCUCUUUGACAAAAUCGCCAUUCUGAGCUUCGGAGAGCUGGUUUUCUGCGGGACACCGGCGGAAAUGCUCGAGUUCUUCAGCGGCUGCGGUUACCCUUGUCCUGAACAUUCGAACCCUUUUGAUUUUUAUAUGGACCUGACAUCAGUGGAUACCCAAAGCAAAGAACGGGAAAUGGAAACCUACAAGAGAGUCCAGAUGAUUGAGUCUGCCUACAGAGAGUCAGCAAUUUAUCACAAAAUCUUGGAGAAUAUUGAAAGAACAAAACACUUGAAAACAGUACAGAUGGUUCCUUUCAAAACCAGAGACUCCCCCGGAGCUCUCUCUAAACUGUGUGUUCUCUUGAGGAGAGUGACGAGAAACUUGCUGCGGAAUAGGCUGGCCGUGCUUAUGCGCCUGGCUCAGAAUCUGAUCAUGGGCUUGUUCGUCCUCUUCUUCCUUGUGCGGGUCCAGAGCGAUGUGCUCAAAGGUGCCUUCCAGGACCGCGUGGGCCUCCUGUACCAGUUCGUGGGCGCCCUGCCCUACACAGGCAUGCUCAACGCAGUGAACCUGUUUCCUGUGCUGCGAGCUGUCAGUGACCAGGAGAGCCAGGACGGCCUGUACCACAAGUGGCAGAUGCUGCUGGCCUAUGUGCUGCAUGUCCUCCCCUUCAGCAUCAUUGCCACCGUGAUCUUCAGCAGCGUGAGCUACUGGACUCUGGGCUUAUACCCCGAGGUUGCCAGAUUUGGGUACUUCUCUGCUGCUCUCCUGGCUCCCCACUUAAUUGGUGAAUUUCUAACUCUGGUGCUACUUGGAAUGGUCCAGAAUCCAAAUGUGGUCAACAGUGUAGUGGCUCUGCUCUGCAUCUCUGGGGUGCUGGUGGGAUCUGGAUUCCUGAGGAACAUAGAAGAAAUGCCCAUUCCUUUUAAAAUCUUCACUUACUUUACAUUUCAAAAAUAUUGCUGUGAGAUUCUUGUAGUCAAUGAGUUCUAUGGACGUAAUUUCACUUGUGGCAACUCAAAUGGUUCUGUGACAACUAAUCCAAUGUGUGCCUUCAAUCAAGGAAUUCAGUUCAUUGAGAGAAUCAGCCCGGGUGCAACAUCCAGAUUCACAGCAGACUUCCUGAUUCUGUAUGCAUUUAUCCCAGCUCUUGUCAUCCUAGGAAUAGUUGUUUUUAAAGUAAGGGAUUAUCUCAUUAGCAGAUAGUAAAGCACAUUGCUGUGAAAAUGGGACUUAAGCUCCUAGAUUCACAUGGCUGCUUUGAAUGUCUGAAAUAAGAAUGCCAGGCGUUUCUUUCUUGAUAGUACAUCUGAAGUCUUUUAAAGCAUUAAGACUCCUUCCAUGCCCUUGGGUCCAUGCAGGCCUUGAAUGCCAUUCCAACUUGCAGGGACAUGUGGCAAUUGGAAAUUGUGACUAAGCCAGUCCAAAAAUGUAGAUAACAAUGAUUCAUAAAGUUAUAGAGACUGUAUUAUUUGUUUUCUUUGCUUUAUACAGAAAAAUAGGUUAGUUAAAAAAUUAUGCUUAUGUUUGAUAAAGGAUUCAGUAAAAAGAAAACAUUUGAACAGUUACUAAGUAACAGAAAAGGGAGUUGUGGGUGUGAUUAAAGCAAAGCAUCACGCAGAAUUGGGUAAGAAUGCUUUCAUUCUCCUUUAAAACCCCAUAAUUAUGUGCCCAUAUCCACGUGAGGGUUCUGAGGUACCUGGUCACGUGGAGAGGAUGGUGGACAGAUGUUGGAUGAUGAUGACCACUGAUUCAGAGCACUCAGUGGUUUAAUGGGUUACAAUGAAAAGCUUCAGGAAUGGGCCGAACUGAGAACACGGCACACCAGGCGAACCUCCGGUAAUGUUUUUAACGAUUAGUUGUCUAUUUUUCACUUUCCACUUAGUUUACUUAAAAAAUUAAAAGUAAAUGUUAUUAGAUAAAGUGUAUGCACUGAGAAAUGGCAUCUUUAAGGUUGGAGAGCAGCUAUUAUCUAAAGUCCAUAUAGAAAAGAUGCUCAACUGACACAAUGUCUACACUCAGAAGAACAGGGUUACACACUGGGAGUUCAUGUUCUUGAGUUGUAAAGAGAUAGAGUGCUGAUAAAUACAAAUACCUAUAUUACAUAUUUUUAGGUAUCAGAUGUUGUAUAUAGAUUGUAUAUAAAUGGGUUGUAUACUAAAUAACUAGUUAUCUUUCUGAUUGAUCUUCAAGUAAUUCAUGUAUAAGUCUGAAAUAAAACUGUCUCAAUGUUACCAUGGUAACUCUGAAAAUAUCUUAGAGAGUACAAAAACUUGUUCAGUUACUAUGACCUAACUUGUAAAGAAUGAUAAAUUAUAGCAUUUGAAAUGUCUCACAUUAUAAUAGGAAAGAUCGUUUCAUUAAGGAAACCACAGUAAAAUUCAAUUUCUUUGAACAGUAUUUAAGGAUCUGGAGACAUUGGUAAAUUACCAGAAUAGUAUUGUCAAUUUUUAUAAAAGGUCUUUGACACUGAUGAUUAUGGUGUAAUAGUUACAUAAUGCCUUACAGAUUAUAUAUGUCACAUCAGUUAUAGACAAUUCUGGAGAUGAUAAUCUAUUAAAGUAGUUCAGAGAGAGUACCACAGGAACCUCUUUAGAAAUCACUAAUUUCAACCUACUAAAGAUAUGGGUGCACAAUGUAAGUGGAAACAUUUUCUACCAUUCAUAUGCAGAUGAAUUUCAUUCUAGGCUCAGAAACAUUUGGAAAAUUGACAUAGCACGUGACUUCAAGCUAUUAAAUGUUAGUGAUACCAUCUCAGAGAAACAUAAUGACUUUCAAUAUGUGACAGUUUGUGUCUUAAGUUGAAAACGGACAGUGAUGUAUAAGAAAAUCAAAUUAUAUAAUAAAAAUUCCUAUUAUUAUAGCGGAGUGGGCUGUUUCUUCCCACCAAUUCAAUGAUGUUUCUGAGAGCGCAACGUUCGCUGUUGAUUUAAAGGGAGCUCGCUCUUCACAGCACUCAGACAUGGCGCCUGUCAGCCCCUUAAGCUGAGGUUCCUUAGAGACGUGCUGCGAAUCCUGCUCUCCACAGUGCUGGAUCCACACGCACGGCAUCUGAUUCAGGAAGUCUUAUUUCAUGGCAAUAAUCAGGUAGCCUGCUGUUCACUCAGAUACCACUCAUCAGCCUUAGUGUUCUUGGGGUUAGCAGGUGUGCUUAUUUGAAGCUGGUGCAUGACAUGUCAGAGUCAACGUAUUUUACAGUGGAAAUGGAAGAACACAGAGUAAAUAACUUUCCUGGUUAAUAAGAGGAAUUAUACUUGCUCCAAAUUGAACUUGGACAGCAGGUACAUAAACCUACAAGAUUGAGAAGGCUUCUUAAAAGUGAUUCCACCUUGGGAAUAAUUUUGUUUAUUACCAACUCAUCAAAUUUUGGUCUGCUUAUUGACAGAAUAUC